AUGAACAGCGAGUGUCUUGACGUUGCCUGCCUCGGUGCCUACCUCCGGCAACGACACGAGAUCGACUCGUGGCUGCUAGAGCGCCGCUCGGAGCUGGCUGCGGCCAUCGCAGUGCACGACGAGGCGCUCGCGGCCACAAAGCUGCUCUGCGAGGCGUGCAUUGCCGCACUCCUGCUCGAGGCAGAGGAGUGCACCUCGAGCGCAGGCGUCCAGCGGUGCGACACGUGGGAGGUCUUUGCGGCGACAGAGACGGUGCCGCCGCCGCUGCUGCGGCCGGGUCCGCCCGAGAGGCUGCUCGGCUUCAUCCGCGGCACGCCGGCGCGGGCGAGGCGACGCGCGAGCGAGCAGGCCAACGCUCGCGUCGACGAGUCCGACGCGAUGGCAGAUUAUCGUGCGGCGGCGGACGGUCGGCGGCGGCGGCUGCUCGAGGAGUUUGCUCCGGUGCUGUCUCGCUCGGACCACUCCGCGGAGCUGGUGCCGGACGGCGUGCACACCUGCGCCUGCGCGGUCGCCGCCCGCCUCAAGGGGUUGCCGGAGGUGCCUCCGGCAGGCCGCGCUGUCGAGCUGCUCAAGGAGGCGAUGCUCUCGCCGCCGGCUGCGCGCGCGCAGCUCGAGUGGCUGCGCUCCUUGCUCGAGGGAGAGGUGCCGCACUCGGCGGCCGUCUGCCUGCAGGAGCUGUCGGACGGGCUGGUGGCGGACCUGCGCGCGCUCUGCGGCGGCGUCGUCCUCGCCUCGGUGCACUUCCUCCACGCGGCUGAAAGGGCGGCGGCGGGGGAGGCACCGCCCUCCAACGCUUCGCACAUCUGCGAGGGCGUCUCGCAGGCGGCGAGGCAGCUGCGCGGCCGGCUGCGGCAAGGCGGCACGCUGCUCCUCGUCGGAGACUUCAACGGGCCCGUCGGAGGCCCGACGCAGCUGUCGCUGUUUGGAGGCGGCGAGCGUGCUGCCGCCGACGGCGCCGUCGCCCUCUCGCUGCGGCGGCGGGCGGUCCGACGCAUGACGCGGUGGCAGCUCGUGAGGUGGCACCCCGCGGUGCGGAGGCUGAAGCCGGCCGAGACCGAAGCGCGCGCCCUCGUGCUCAGCGAUUUUGCGACGCUGGCGCCGGCCUCGGCCGCCCCCUUCGGUCCUCCUCCUCCUCCGCCCGCCGGCUCGCCCUGCCCCGCCGUCCUGCUCGUCCUCGCGCGCUUCCGCGAGGACGUGUCUUGGCUCGCGCGGCUUCCUCCGGGCGUCGAGUACCACGUCAUGCAAAAGGGAGGCGCCGUCCAGCGCGAGCUGCCCGCUUGCCGGCAGACGGCGCUGCCCAACGUCGGCCGCGAGGCCCACGCGUACCUCUCCUGUGAGGCCCACUCGUACCUCUCCUUUCUCGAGACCGUGCACGCCGCCUCCGCCUCCGCCGCCGAGGCGGCGCGGCUUCUCCCGCCGCUCCUCUCCCUCCUCGCCGCGCACGUCUCCGCUGGCCGCCGGCCGCCGCGCUGGGUGCCGCUGGGGCUCUGGAGCGGUGGAGAGCGCAUCGUCUACUGCGACGCCAGCGGCGCGCCGCACCAGGCACUCACAGUAAACCAACUAGCACCCUCGCCGCUGCUGCUCCCGAUUGGGCGCGUGUGGAGGGCGCUGUUUGGAGAGGGGCGGGCCCUACCGACGUGGAUCGGCUUCACUCCUGGCGCAUGCUUCGCGGUCUGCCGCGAGGCGCUGCUCCGCGGGCUCACGCCCUCACGCGUCGAGGCGGCGCUCUCCCCCUCCUGCGGGCUCGGGGGCCUAGAAGCUGACACUCUGAUCGAUCUGCUCGGGUGCCACGCCGACCCGCUCUCCGGGCACGUGUUUGAGCGGCUGUGGAGAUACCUCUGUGGCUACGGCGAGGAGGAGGAGGAGUUGGGCGAGCACGCCGCGAACUGGGUCAACACGGCGCACGGCUGGGGCAGUGCCGCUCGAGGCACGACGGCGGCGCUGGCGAUGGUGCGUUGCGACGCAGACUUUGUCAGCCGCGUCGCGCUGCUCGACGUAAACGCGGAAGAGCUGCCCGGCUUCUACGAGCGCGAGGCCGGCUACAGCAUCGCGGAUACGCUGUGGGCGCCCGGCGGCGCGAUGGAGCGCCAUUGCGCGGGCAGCGAGUACGUCGCCGCCUGGAUGCGCUCCUCUCUCCGCCCGCUGUGGCCGCCCGCGGGUGCGCACCUGCUGCCUGCGCCGGGCUACCUGCGGCUGUGCGCAGCGGCGCACCGGCGGGCAGGGCUGCUCGACCACUUCCUCGAUAGCACGCUCCUCCACGACGGCGUGACGACACUACGCGCGCACUGCGAGCGGGACGAGGGCGCGCGCCGCGCCAUCGCGUCGCUAGACGAGGAGGAGGCUGCAGGCAGCGACGAGGAGGCCGCCUCGAUGCACGGCGAUGCGAGAGGGGCGCUGAGUAGGAGUAGUGGGCAUGGAGUCACACUAGAGCCGUAG